CUCCUCCUGGCUCCGUCCAUUUCCUUGUUUGGCCCUCCUGGCCGUGUGUUCAGGAUCCUUCCACUGCAGACUCUGGCUUUCUGCAGCCUCUCGGUCCCCCAGGGUCCUGGCCUGUCAGCUCCCCAUCUGUCCCCCGGCCCAGACUCUUCUUCAGGCCCCUCCUGCCAUGAGCAGGACUCCGGGUGCGCCUGCCCUCAGGAGCUCUCCGGAGUCCUCAGCCCUCCCCUCCGAGAACACCUAGCUAGACUCCUCCUCUCCCCUCCCCUACCCAGCGCACCUUUAAUUGAGAUGCUAAUGAGGCCCCAUCCCUGGCCGGCGGCGGGCAGCCUCCCUGUCCAGGGCUCUGCACCUGUCAGGUGAGGGGGAGGAGAGGCUCCGCUGCCAGAUUCAACUGGAAAGGAACCAGUCCCAGCCCGGCCACCGCCCGGGAGCCGGAGCGGAGGCAGCCCAGACCUGCCGGAGCCCCGGAGCCCUGGGGCAGGGAGUCAGGGCUCAGGGCUCAUGAAGGGGGACAAGCGUGAGGAGCAAGACCCCAGCCCUGCCCAGCCCACCCAAGGGCCCAUGAAGGGGGACAAGCGUGAGGAGCAAGACCCCGGCCCUGCCCAGCCCACCCAAAGGCCCAUGAAGGGGGACAAGCGCAAGGAACAGGGGACAGACCCCGCGCCGCCGGUGCCCCCGCAGCCCUCGGAGGAGGAGGAGGCACUGAUCGAGUUCCACCGCUCCUACCGAGAGCUCUUCGAGUUCUUCUGCAACAACACCACCAUCCACGGCGCCAUCCGUCUGGUGUGCUCCCGGCACAACCGCAUGAAGACGGCUUUCUGGGCCGUGCUCUGGCUCUGCACCUUCUGCAUGAUGUACUGGCAGUUCGGCCAGCUCUUCGGAGAGUACUUCAGCUACCCCGUCAGCCUCAACAUCAACCUCAACUCCGACAAGCUGGUCUUCCCCGCUGUCACCAUCUGCACACUCAACCCCUACAGGUACACGGAAAUCAAGGAGGAGCUGGAGGAGCUGGACCGCAUCACCGAGCAGACCCUGCCAGCUCUGCCCCCGGGCCGCCGGGCCCGCUGGGCCGCCUCGGGGAUGCAGGACAACAACCCUCAAGUGGACCGGAAGGACUGGAAGAUUGGCUUCCAGCUGUGCAACCAGAACAAAUCGGACUGCUUCUACCAGACGUACUCGUCGGGGGUGGACGCCGUGAGGGAGUGGUACCGCUUCCACUACAUCAACAUUCUGGCCAGACUGCCCGACACCUCGCGGUACCCCGGGGAGGACACGCUGGGCAACUUCAUCUUCUCCUGCCGCUUCAACCAGGUCUCCUGCAACCAGGCGAACUACUCUCACUUCCACCACCCGAUGUAUGGGAACUGCUACACAUUCAAUGACAAGAACAGCUCCAACCUCUGGAUGUCGUCCAUGCCCGGGAUCAACAAUGGCCUGUCGGUCAUGCUGCGCACGGAGCAGAACGACUUCAUCCCCCUGCUGUCCACGGUGACCGGGGCCAGGGUGAUGGUGCACGGGCAGGACGAGCCCGCCUUCAUGGACGAUGGGGGCUUCAACCUGCGCCCAGGCAUAGAGACCUCCAUCAGCAUGAGGAAGGAGACCCUGGAGAGACUUGGGGGCAAUUAUGGCGACUGCACCAAGAAUGGCAGCGACGUCCCAGUCGAGAAUCUCUUUCGCCCAUUGAAGUACACGCAGCAGGUGUGCAUCCACUCCUGCUUCCAGGAGAGCAUGGUCAGGGAGUGCGGCUGCGCCUACAUCUUCUACCCGAGGCCCCCCGGGGUGGAGUUCUGUGACUACAGGAAGCACGACUCCUGGGGCUACUGCUACUACAAGCUCCAGGAUGCCUUCGCCACCGACCGCCUGGGCUGCUUCACCAAAUGCCGGAAGCCAUGCAGUGUGACCAGCUACCAGCUCACGGCGGGUUACUCGCGAUGGCCCUCCGUCACAUCCCAGGACUGGAUCUUCAAGAUGCUGUCUCUGCAGAACAACUACACCAUCAACAACAAGAGAAACGGGGUUGCCAAACUCAACAUCUUCUUCAAGGAACUGAAGUACAAAACUAAUUCUGAGUCUCCCUCCGUCACGAUGGUCACCCUCCUGUCCAACCUGGGCAGACAGUGGAGCCUGUGGUUCGGGUCCUCAGUGCUGUCUGUGGUGGAGAUGGCCGAGUUCAUCUUCGACCUCCUGGUCAUCACCUCCGUCAUGCUGCUCCGGAGGUUCCGCAGCCGCUACUGGUCCCCAGGCCGAGGGCGCAGGGCUGCGUGGGAGGUGGCCUCCACCCCGGCCUCCUCCUUCCCCUCCCGCUUUUACCCCCACUCUGCAUCCCCGUCCUCAUCCCAGCCAGACCCUGCCCCGUCUCCAGCCUCGGCAGCCCCUCCACCCGCCUAUGCCACACUAGGCCCCUGCCCAUCUCUGACGGCCAAGGCCCGGGCUUCUGCUUCGCAGGAGCCCUGAGGGGAAGGGAGGGCGGGCUUCCCACCCAGGUGGGAGCUCCCCCUGGCAGGAGGGGGCUGGCCUCACCGUCUGGGACUUCCUCUAGAGCUGCCCAGCCCCCUCUCGUGUGGGGGAGGGAAGCAGGCUGGGUAGGGAGCUCAGGAGGGAUCGGGAGGUACCCAGAGACGUGGCCAAUGAACAGGGCCAGACAGCCUUGGCUCCUGCCCCUGAAUACUCCAUCCCCCACCAUACACGCGCACACACACACACACACACACACACACACACAGACACGGCCAAGUGCAGACAGGUCUCCUUUUUCCUUGGAUCAGCCAAGCCACACUGGGAGCUUUGACAAGGAACUUUCCUUGGAAACGACUGACGACCAACCAAAACAAACCAGACACACAGAGGCACACGUGGGUUUCCUAUCCAGCAGGGACCGAGCCAGCAGACAGGCCUGGCCGCACCGCCUUCCAGGGACACAGCAGUCUGCGCCUCUCCUGAACUUGGGUGGGGAACCCCACCCAAAAGCCCCCAUUGUUAGUUCUUGGGCAAGUCCCCUUCCUCAGCUCCCCAGGGCUGGAGCAGACCGACGUGGUCAGGGCCUGGCCAUCCCCAGUCAGUCCCAGGAGUCUUCUAGCCCCACACCCCAGGUCCCACACAGCCGGACCCCAGCACCUCUGCCCCGUGUCCUUCCUACCCUUGCACGAUUUCUCAAGAUGGUUCCGCAGCCUAGAAGCUUCCCCCAUAGUUGCUGGGAACUCCUGAGCAUCCGUUAGAACCCCACUCAGACAGCCCUACUUCUGCCAUGCUUCGCCCCGUCCUUUCUUCCCCAGGAGCGGCCACUCCCUCUCCCUGGGCUCCCUAGUGCAGGGUCACAUCUGUCUAGCAGAGUGCCAAGGUCGCGUUACUCUUCCAUGCUCACCCGUGUCUGUCUUCCUGGCGAGGCUGCUCGUGUGCUCAGGGCCUGAGUCCCUCCUGUCAUGUACGUGUCCGGCCUGUCCCGCUUGGAGCAAGUAGACAAGGGCUCAAUAAACGUUCAUCGCACAGA